UGUCUCGCAGAAACUGAGUGAAUGGACCACGGUGACUCGUACUGUUGAUGUUAUUUGUUAAAGAACAACGCUACUUUGGGACUUGGAUUUCGGUGCACGAAACGUCCGUGUGUGCAAGCAGAACCUGCGAGAUAACGGGUUUACAGUGACAGGAAAUGUCGAACAACAGCACAGCCAGUAUUUCUCAGGCCAGAAAAGCAGUAGAACAGCUGAAGAUGGAAGCCUGCAUGGAAAGAAUGAAGGUAUCAAAGGCAUCAGCUGACCUGAUGGCUUACUGUGAUGCUCACCUUAGGGAUGAUCCACUCAUCGCCCCACUGCCAGCUUCUGAAAACCCAUUCAGAGAGAAGAAGUUCUUCUGCGUCAUCCUCUGAUAGAUAUCAGUUGGAUUUGGGGAGAACAGGGCGGGGGGUGUGGAGUGAAGCAAGAACCACUGGGUCUAAACAGAAGAUCACAGGUGUUGGAAUUGUCACAUGUGCAUGCUGUAAUUUUUGCUCCAGUUCUAGGGGAAUGAACCUUACUGAGUGUUUUACGUUUACUAUAGUUGUGACAACACAGACUUGUUUCAAUUGCACAAUCAUAAAGGAUUUAACAGUAACUUCACUUUUUAAAAGAAGCAUAAGUAUUUAGAUGACUUUUUCUAACUAGAGUGUUUCUUGUUUUGUAUGUUAAAUAUAAAACGUUAUAAGCACAAUUGCCUGGUGGCAGCAAGUACUGGCUUUAGAGGGAAGCUAUGUAUGUCCAUUCUAUUUUUACAGAUUAUACAGUGGAGACUGAACAACAUAUUAAAUGUGCAUGCAAAGAGAAAAAGUACACAAAGCAUAUGUUCAAAAAUAUUUACUAUGAAGUCGAACUAUCAUUCAGUAACAAAAGUAACAUUUUAGGGGAAAAAUGCUCUUAAGGAUAAACCUAAUACAUUUCAGCUAAUCUGACCAUGUUAUUGACAUGCUUCCUAAUCUAACACUGCCGUAACUAAAACAGAAUAAAUGCAAAUAUUAAAUAAGCCAGGGCAUGAAUGCAUGUCUGUAACUUAAUAUUUGUAG